AUGGCUUAUCUGCAUUACGGGAAAAAUGUCCUGCGGCGUAGCGCGAUGCACCACCCGCUGCUCCACGCUGCUCAAGGCGUUCGUUACCGAAAGCUGGAGGUUAUCCUCACCACGACGAUUGAUAAGCUGGGCAGGGCUGGGGAAACUGUCCAGGUUGCGCCGGGUUAUUUCCGUAAUUAUCUGAUGCCGAAGUUGCUUGCUGUGCCGAACAUCGACAAGUUUGCGUAUCUCAUUACCGAGCAGCGCAAGAUUUACGAACCUAAAGAAGUUGAAGCGGUUAAAGUAGCUUCGAAGAAAGAGGGAAGCAGCAUGAAAGAGUAUGAGGCUGCGGCAAAUCGUCUUGCCAGCACAAGAUUGAAUAUUAGAAAGUUCAUCAUAGAGGGAAAAGGACUUGAGUUGCGUGAGCCAGUGACCAAAGAAGAAAUCAUCGCUGAGGUCGCCCGUCAGCUUCAGAUACAGAUCGGACCAGAAAAUCUGGAACUACCAGAUCCUUUGUCGUCUUUGGGGGAAUACAAAGUCCCAUUGCGUUUGCCAAAAUCUUUACUUAAGCCAGUCGGAGACGAGUGGAUCCUUAAUAUAAAAAUUAGGAAAAGAUGA